AUGGAAACUGUCAAAUGUACCAGUUCAAAGAAGCUUCGUGAAUUGGAACUAAGUUUUCCAUGCGAUGAUUCUACUAGCAGCCGUCGAGUGCCCUAUGUUGGUCAAGUUUGGUUUCGUUCUCUUGGGAUAUUCAACGCCUUUAAUUUCCGUUCGGAUAACAGAGGACAGCAUGGCGGUAUGACACUUGGUCUUCGGCGGGCAAUGAAAGCGCGCGAAAUCUUUGAAAUCCCAUUCUCAGUCGGAAAGCGUAGCAAUCCUAAGCAGAAAUUGUGA